UGGCAACUCAAUACUGGAACGUCAAUGUCAAAUGACAAUCUGUCAGAAAUAGUGACGUUUGGAUAUUGCUAAAAUGACGUGGAGAUGAGGUUAUGAAUUUGUUGAAAAAUAUCUGUUUUACAUAAAUAAAGUGAUUAAACACUUAAUUUAAUUGAUAAGUAGCCAAAUAGCACAAAAAUGAUCGAGAUCACAGACACACAGAAAAUCGGAGUGGGUCUUGCCGGUUUCGGCAUGACCUUCCUCUUCUUAGGCGUUCUCCUACUCUUCGAUAAAGGUCUACUCGCCAUAGGAAAUAUCCUCUUCAUCAGUGGUCUGGCGUGUGUAAUAGGCCUGCAGCGGACGUUUUUCUUCUUCUUUCAAAGGCAUAAAAUUAAGGCCUCUGUCGCCUUCUUUGGAGGGAUCACUAUCGUGUUACUAGGAUGGCCAAUGAUCGGCAUGAUCGCUGAGAUCUACGGAUUCUUAUUACUAUUCAGAGGAUUCCUGCCAGCAGCUGUGAACUUCUUAAGGAUGGUGCCCGUCCUAGGAUCUCUGCUUAACCUACCGAUCAUAAGAGGGGUCGUCGACAGGAUAGCUGGUGACAACGGUCGGAACAUGGACGGCCAGUCGUAAUAAUCGAAAUUCAAUACGUCGUGAUCAUCGUUUAUAGCAUUCCUUUAAUAUUAAUUUUAAUAAAGAUUUUAUUUUCGCAUUUUAUUUUUGA